AUGAAAGGCAAUGAUCCAGCUGUUUUAGACAGCUAUGCAAAGUUUGCCACUACAGCUGGCAAGCAUUUUGAAUUAGAAACAAAAACAUGGAAAUUGAGGAAACCAAAGCAUGAACGUUUUACAAUGUAUAAAUCAGUGCACAUUUAUAAGAAGCACAAGAGUCAGUAUGAGCUUAGAACAUACUUCUCAUUUGUUCAAUUUAAAUACUUGACUGGAUCCACAUGUGACACUUUGGUAGAGUAUUUGCAAAGGAAUUUGCCUGAAGGUGUAGCAUUGAAGACAUCUAAGAUUGAACUUCAGAAAUUGCCUGAUUAUUUGGAGUCUUAG